AAUAAAUAAAUAAUAAAAAUACAAAAAUAACAAAUAACAAAUAAAAAUUAAAAAAAAUGAUAGUAAACUCAUAAAAUGUAGUCUAUUCUGAAGACUAAAUUACCGCAACCUAUGAAUAUCGUCAUUAAAAUGUUGAAAAACAAUAAGAUGGAAAGAUCAUUAUCACUCCCAAAACAACAUCCUACACUUUUAAAACAAAUACAAAGGUACCUAAACUUGGCAUAUUGUUAGUCGGAUGGGGUGGUAACAACGGAACCACAUUCACUGCCGGAAUUCUCGCUAAUAAAAAUAAAUUAUCUUGGUAAAACAAAAGAGGUGAAUAAACUGCUAAUUACUAUGGUUCUAUUACUUAAUCUUCAACCAUAAAAGUCGGAUGUAAUGGAUCUGAAGAAGUAUUUUUACCCAUGAAAGAUAUUCUCCCAUUAGUAAAUCCUGAUGAUGUAAUAAUUGGAGGUUGGGAUAUUAACGAAAUGAACUUAUCCGAUGCCAUGAGAAGGGCUUAAGUUUUAGACUAUAACUUAAUAGAAAAAGUAUCCCCUUACAUGUAAGAUUUAGUGCCUAUGAAAUCUGUUUAUUAUGAAGAUUUCAUUGCUGCAAAUCAAAAAGAUAGAGCCACUAAUAUAUUAGAAGGAAACGAUAAAUAAAAACACUUAGAAACUAUAAGAAAGGACAUCAGAGAAUUUAAAGAAAAGAAUAAAUGCGAAAAAGUAAUUGUUUUAUGGACAGCAAAUACAGAAAGAUUUUGUGAAAUCAAGACUGGAGUGCAUGAUACUGCCGAAAACGUCCUUAAAGCCAUCGAAAAUUCCGAUCCUGAAAUCUCUGCCUCUACCAUAUAUGCUGUGGCCUCUCUCUUAGAAGGAUCUAGCUAUAUUAACGGUUCUCCCUAAAACACUUUAGUUCCUGGAGUUAUUUAACUUGCUAAAAUGUAAGACGUAUUCAUCGUUGGAGACGACUUCAAAUCCGGCUAAACCAAAAUGAAAACUUCCCUCACCGAUUUUUUAGUAACUGCCGGAAUCAAACCUAUGUCUAUUGUUUCAUAUAAUCAUUUAGGUAACAACGACGGAAAAAACUUAGCCUCCGAAAGAUAAUUCAAAUCUAAAGAAUUGAGCAAAAAAUCAUGUGUAGAUGACAUUUUAGCAUCCAACAAAGUCCUAUAUCCCAAAACUCAUAAAAUUGACCACGAAAUAGUCAUUAAAUAUGUCCCAUAUACCGGAGAUUCUAAGAAAGCUAUGGAUGAAUACAUCAGUGAAAUUUUCUUAGGAGGAUAAAAUACUAUUGUAAUGUACAAUGUUUGCGAAGAUUCACUUUUAGCAGCUCCUAUUAUUUUAGAUUUAAUACUUCUAACUGAAUUAUUUGAAAGAAUUGAUUAUUAAGUUGAUGGAAUGAGAAACUUCUCUAGAUUUAAUAGAGUUUUAUCCACUCUUGGGUAUUUGUGUAAAGCUCCUCUUACUGAUUAGGAUACACCUCAUAUUAACUCUCUCUUUAGAUAAAAAACUGGAUUAGAUAAUAUUUUUAGAGCUUGUGCAGGAUUAUAACCUGAUGAUAAUACUUUACUUGAAUUUAAAUGUCCAGUUGUUUGAAGGAAAUUUUCGCAUAUAUAUUUUACUAAAUUUUGUUAUUAUUUUCAAAAAUAUUAAUAAUAAUUUAAUUAUACAUGUUAAAUAAUAUUUGUGUUUUGUAUUUAUUUGUAUUUAAUUAAUUAGAAACUAUUUUUUCUAUUUUUUUAUUAU